AUGGCCGACGCUCCAAGCCCGCUAACUCAGUAUAGGAAGCGCCUGGCGCGGGACUUGGAAAUGAGGGAAAGGUCUGCGAUAAACUCGAUGGCCGGGGCGUCCGACAAGAAACGUGUGUCCCCGAUUCAAGAAGAAACCGCCGAAACCCACAUCGAAGAAUUGGUGAAUCCUAACCUGACGACGACCUCGACGGAGUCCGGUAAUACAAUCCGUGGCGGGGUCACUCCCGGUCUGACCGCGUCAACACCAUCAUAUCCUUUCCCUCGCAUGCAGUCCUUUUCCCGAAAAUCUUCACACUCUACCAAGCCCUCAUGGGCACCCGCCUCGUCCCAAUCUCCUCUGAAACUGUCACAUUUCAAUUUUCCUUUCCUCGAACGUGACCUACCUAGCUUAUCCGACGCGACCCCUUCGCCUUUCGUCUUCCAUCCCGAUGGUCCCUCGAUGUCUCCGGAGGCCUCACGGGGCCAUGCAGCCGAGUAUCCUACCCCGAAUCUUUUUGACCUAUCGCUAAUGCUCACGGCGGAGCCUGGACUUGAUGCCUGGUGGGAGACUGUUGUCCACAUCAUGACACAGGUUUACAAGGCUGAGCGUGUAACCCUGUCUGUCCCUGCAGAUACUACUGACAUUGAGAAUGUGCCAUGGGGCCAACGGGCUACUUAUAAUGCACACCAAGAAGAUGGCUUGAGUAUGGGUUACAUGGAGAGAAGUGCGGGCGGCGUCUCGGACACGCCCGACCCCGCCGACGUUGCGCCUGACCUACCCUCCCACCCCGACGAGGUUUCCGAAGCACCCCCACUGCGGCCAACUCUCUCCAGCCGCCAUUCGUUCACGGCUUUUGAAGAAUCUAAAGAUCAGACUGGCAUACAAGACCAACCCCCAAGGAGGCCGAGCGGAUUAGCCCGAAGCAAGAGCUAUAUGCCGUCGGUGGUCUCGGCUAAGGAACCAUCUCAUCCCGCCCUGAGCAAGUCGGCCCUGCAACAACUUGCUGCCGCCGAUGGGGAUGAUACACCAACCUGGGAGGCAUCGCUAGGCCAGCGGAGGAUGCCCAAGGCUCGGGUCUUGCCAGUUCUGCAGGCCCUCGACUAUGAAGCGGAUCCUCUGAUCGAUAAUGCGAGUGUGACGAAAGUUCUCGGGCGAGGGAAGGUUAUUGCCUUGACUCGAACAUAUCCCUACCUGCACCCUGAUAUUGCUGAGCCCCCCAAUGUGCCCGUCUCGGCGCCAAAUGAGAAGGAUCCGGCGAAGAGAAGGCAGUCGGACUCAUCAAUUCGGCGAGCAGACGUCGGUGGUCCCUCUGCAGGUCAACAACCAUCAAAGGUGACAUCAUCACGAGAGGGAGCUCGGUCAGGGAGAUUAAAAGCCCGGUUUGAAGAGGAGCUCCACCGCCGGCCGGUAUCACCAAAAUAUGAGGAAUACGAACAGGCACCACAGUCCCCUUGGACCCAGUCACCUGCUCCGUCUCCCGCUGUCCGAGCAGAUCCAAAGGAGAACCCAUUUUUCGCAGAUGCUGUUGUGGAUGAAGAUUCUUUUAAUCCUGGAGUGGCAUCCCCGGAUUACUCGACAAUAUCACCGCCAGAAACAAUUGGCAUCGAUAACUCCUCAUCCGUACUACACAUUCCGUUAAACCAUGUCCUCCUAUCUCGUCCUCACCAACCGUUCCCCUCCGACUCAAACGCGAAUCCGAGGCCGGAGGUUUGGGCGUCAACCCUAGGCGGUGAUGCGGCCCCUGGGAGCGAGUUUUCGCCCAGACGAACGACGCCGGUUGCCAUCCUCUCAAUCCUAAGCCCCGUAAUACCCUAUCCGUCCAAUCUACGCCGUUCUUUAGGCCAUUUAUCCAUGCAUCUCGCGACGUCGUUUUCACUUUGCCAGCAUUACUCUACUUUAGAGACGGAGCUUGCCGGCAUGAAGAGGAGGAGGCCGCAGACACCCGGGUUUGGGGCAGUUACAUCCGACGGACGGCCCAUUACCAUCCCUUCAAGCCUUGCUACCAUGCUCCACUUGAGCCCGGAGGAUCUUCAAACUCAGAGCUCCCAUGCAGGAAGUAUAACCAGCCUUAGUGACUAUUCGGCCAUUUCGCGGAGUGCAGUAGGCUCUCCGAUGGUUACUCCAGGUGUGGUGGACCAGGCGAACUUGCCGGAUAGGCCAGACAAGGGCCCUAUGACAAUGAGCCCGGUCCCCGAGACGGAGGAUGACUACUUUCGUGCGCAGCAUCCUCCAAUCGUCCCUGGAGUAGAGCUGGCGUCUGCGAACGCGGGUCGCAGGGGCAAGACUGCAAUUACGUCAAGGGAAACCGAGAAGCGGAGGCCUCGAGGAUCCUCGACAACUAGCGCCCAAGGAUCUGACUUAUUAGAAACUAAGGUAGCCACAGAUCGUCGACGCCGAAGUGGCGAGGACGCCGCCGCAGGCUCAACAUCUAUCUUAUCAAGAGAACGUGGGGACUCCAUUGCUUCUGAUAGCAAACCGGCCGAUGCGGUACUCGGGGCACCCGACUCGACGACAUCCAAAGCCCAAGAGACAACGCCUCCCAAACACCGCCACACGAGGUUGCAUUCUUACGGAGCCGACUUUGAAACCACGUUUCCUUCUCUUCUACCGAGUUCCACCAUCACGUCGAAACCGCCGAUGCCGUCCCGGACCGCUUCGAUGGUGAGCGGUGUCUCCGCGAGCAACGCCGAAAUGCCUCCGCCGUCGGAUCGACUGAAAGGACUGAUUCUUGAUUCCCUUCCCGCCCAUGUAUUCGUUGCCCUUCCACAGACUGGGGAGGUCGUUUGGGUUAGCAGCCGGUACCUAACCUACCGCGGAUUGUCUGUUGGAGAUCUGAUUGCCGAUCCGUGGGGUAGUAUCCACGAGGAGGACCGACAUGACUAUCUCAAGGCAUGGAGCCAUUGCUUACGCACUGGUGAACAGUUUUCCAGAGUUGUCCGUAUCCGGAGGUUCGAUGGGGCGUAUCGUUGGUUUUACGCGAGAGCCGUUGCGUCUCGAGACAAGCGUGGCGUGAUCCACCAUUUCCUUGGAUCAUACAUGGACAUCCACGAUCAGCGAAUAGCCGAAAUCAAGGCGGCGAGGCAAGAACAGCUCGCGGCAUCGGAAGCCAAGCAUAAGCUGCUGGCCAACCUUAUUCCCCAGAUCAUCUUCACAGCCACGGACAAUUCGGGUAUCACCUCGGCGAACGAGCAGUGGAUGUCUUAUACAGGCCAAAGCUUUGAGGAUUCUCUGGGCCUGGGAUUUAUGGAAUAUGUUCACCCUGAAGAUCUCGCUAAAUGCCAUAUUCCUUCCGAGUCGCAACCGAAAUCCCCGCAGAAGAGCCCGGAGAAGAAGCUAAACAUUCCUCAGGAUCCAAUAGCCUUCACUGGCAGCGCGACGGCCUUCUUGCGUCACAUCUCGGGGCACGUCGAUACCGGACUCAAUCCCGACGACAUCACCAACUUGCAUCUGAAUGGCCGCAUCGGUCAGGGAAAGGAUGAAAACAACCUUGAGUCAGCUUCGGCGUCUGACUUGAAUGAAUUGGCGAGAAAGGGAGUCAUCAAAGUCGCGAGAGAUAGUAACGGAAGACUAUCAUACACGACAGAAGUCCGACUUCGGUCGAAGUCUGGGGAAUAUCGGUGGCAUCUUGUCCGCUGUGUCGAGAUUGACAAUGUCGACUUUGGCGACGGCGCGAACUCGUACUUUGGUUCUGCGACGGACAUCAACGAUCAUAAACUCUUGGAGGCUAAGCUGAAGGAAGCGAUGGAGUCGAAGAGCCGAUUCCUCAGCAAUAUGUCACACGAGAUCAGAACGCCACUCAUUGGAAUCUCUGGCAUGGUGAGCUUUUUGCAAGACACCGAACUCGACGAGGAGCAAAGGGACUACACAAACACCAUCCAGACCAGUGCCAACAGCCUUCUCAUGAUUAUCAACGAUAUCCUAGACCUAUCCAAAGUCGCGGCGGGCAUGAUGAAGCUCAAAUUUGAAUGGUUCCAUACUCGAGCUCUGAUUGAGGACGUCAAUGAAUUGGUAUCUACUAUGGCGAUUGCGAAGCGGUUGGAGCUUAAUUACAUCGUGGAUGAGGACGUCCCUGCCUAUGUCAAGGGCGACAAAAUCCGAAUCCGACAGGUUCUCCUCAACGUCAUCGGCAACGCAAUCAAGUUCACGUCCGAAGGCGAGGUGUUUAGUCGGUGCAAGGUUUAUCGCGGAAAUGACGCUUCCGGCCUUGCAUCGAACGAGAUCAAGCUCGAGUUUGCCAUCGUUGACACGGGCAGAGGGUUCACGAAGGAAGAGGCCGAGCUCAUUUUCAAGCCAUUCAGCCAGAUCGAUGGCAGCAGUACGCGCCAGCACGGCGGCAGCGGACUAGGCCUCGUGAUCUCGAGACAACUUGUCGAGCUUCAUGGCGGUAAGAUGGAAGGCACUGCAGUCCCGGGCAAGGGCUCCACCUUUACCUUCACGGCGAAAUUUGGUCUGCCGACGGAAGAGGAUUAUCCAGAGCUACAACCAAGCCCAUCAUCAAUCCCAGCAGACCAUGACUGCCAUGAAGACAACACAAUUCCUCCAAUGUCAGCUAUUAGCGCGCCGCAACAACAACAAGAACCACAACAACAACAGCCCCCCAAAACGCGUGUGUCGUCUCGCAACAACCCAGACGCCGAUGCGGGCUUGACUUCGACUACUUCUUCGGGCCCUCAAUCUAGUGACAGCUCCAAUGUCUCUUCAGCUCAAUCCGGCUUAUCCACGCUCACGGGAGGGUCAUCCGUGCCAUCUAUCAAGGCGGGUCUAGUGCGUCUCAGCGAAGCAGCAAAAGCAACCGGACACGAUCUAUCGCAGGUAGUACUACCAAACCCAUGCGAGGGGAGUCCUCCGGAGAUGGUUUCUGACCCGCGCCCACCCGUCUAUUCUAUUCUUAUCGUGUGCCCCCAGACGCACAGCAGGGAGGCUACGAGCCAGCACAUUGCCACGACGCUGCCCAGGGACGUGCCUUGCCGGAUUAAGGCUCUGGACUCGGCCGACGAGGCUCGGAAGCUGAUCAACUCGGAGAAUGGACCGCCAUUCACUCACAUCGUUCUCAACCUACCCACGCCGGAGGAGGUGAUAGCGCUCAUAGAACAGACGACAAAGUUGCCAAACCGACAGGGCGUCAUCAUCCUAGUUCUCUCGGAUACGGUACAGCGCCAGCAGGUGAUCAAGCUGGCGUCAGGCACGGCGUGCGAAAAGCUGAUUAGCGAAAAACAAAUCACAUUUAUCUACAAGCCUGUUAAACCUUCUCGAUUCGCAGUCAUUUUCGACCCUGACAAGGUGCGUGAUCUGAGCAUCGACCGAAACCGGUCGACGGCGCAGCAGAUGGUCGAAAGCCAAAAGGCUAGCUACCUGGAGAUCGAGAAGCGCAUGGGCAACAAGGGGUACCGGGUGCUGCUUGUGGAGGAUAACCCGGUGAAUCAGAAAGUUCUCACCAAGUACCUCAAGAAGGUCGGUGUCGGAGUCGACAUUGCGACGGAUGGACUGGACUGUGUCGACAUGGUAUUUUCGAGGCCCUACGGGUACUACUCUCUUAUUUUGUGCGACCUACACAUGCCUCGAAAAGACGGUUAUCAAGCGUGUCGCGAAGUCCGGGACUGGGAGAAGCUAAAGGGUAACAGGGCCAAGAUGCCCAUUAUUGCGCUCUCGGCCAACGUCAUGUCGGAUGUUCAAGAGAAGUGUUUGGCUGCGGGGUUCAGCGAUUAUAUCACCAAACCCGUCGAUUUCAUCGACCUUAGCACAGCCAUGUCGAAGUUUUUUUAA